UAUAUUAAUUUAAACAUUUUUUUUAAUAGUCAAAAUACACAGAACUUGUAUCUGAAAGCAUUGCUGCUGACACUUAUAUCCUAACUGUCCAAGCAACUGAUGCAGAUGAUUUUAGGAAUGCACAUUUAAAAUAUUAUUUGUCUGGUUAUGGAGCAGAAGAUUUUCUCAUUGAUUCUUCAUCAGGGCUCUUGAAAACAGCAAAAGCCAUGGAUAGAGAGCAACAUCCUCGUUACAAUUUGAAAGCUCAUGUUCAAGAUCAAAAUAGACCAGAUUGGGAAUGUACUAGUCAGGUUGAAAUUCUACUUGGUGAUGUUAAUGAUAAUGCUCCAGUUUUUACAGAAGAAAUCUAUUCUAUAGCUGUAUUAGAAGAUUCAGAAGUUGGUACUCUUGUUACAAAAGUUCAUGCCACUGAUAAGGAUAUAGGAUAUAACAGGAAGAUAACAUAUUCUUUUGUUGAUUCUGCUCAUGAACAUUUUGCUGUCGAUAAAAUAACAGGCAUUGUUCAGCUAAAAAAACCAUUAGACAGGGAAGAGAAAGCUAUGUACAAUUUAACUAUUCAAGCAGAAGAUCAUGGCACACCUCAAUUAUCAACAUCAGCAACAUUAUUAGUUAUGGUUCAAGAUGUUAAUGAUAAUCCUCCUGAAUUCACUCAACGAUUUUACUUUGCUACAGUUUCAGAAAUUUCUACUCCAGGAACUAAAGUAAUAAGAGUUGCUGCAACAAGCAGAGAUAGUGGAAUAAAUGCUGAAAUUUCAUACAGUUUAAUUGAUGGAAAUGGAUUAGUUGAUUUUACAAUUCAUCCAAAAUCAGGUAUAAUAUCAGUGGCCAAAUCAUUAGAUUAUGAAACUGUACAUGAAUAUAUGUUAAUCAUUCAAGCCAUGGAUGGUGGAACACCACCUUUAUAUGGUCAGACAACUGUUAAUAUUACUGUGAUUGAUGAAAAUGAUAAUUCUCCAGUAUUUAUGCAAUCAUCAUAUAGUGCUGUUAUUAGAGAAGAUGCUAUUGUUGGUGAUAAAAUAAUUCAGGUAUGCUUUAUUUCUAAAAUAAUAUACUUUUGUAGAAAAGUUCUAUUUUGGUUCAUUAACCAACACCAGUAUUACACAAGUUAGGACAACAAUUAGAAUGAUGGUCAUGCUAAGAGAAUAAAUGACAACUCAGUUUACUCAAUGAACAUAAUUAAUUAAUUAUAACAGAAUGUAACAACACAUGAUCUUUGGAUCUUAUGCUAAUAAUGAGGACAAAAGGUUGUCCUCCUUAUUAGUCAACAAUAGUCAGGACCCAAGAAUAAUUUUGGAAUAAAAAAUCUAAAAAGGCAUAACUCUUAAAUAAUAUUAGGAAUAUCAAAUUAAAUAUAAAGAAAAAUUCCAUUAAAACUAAAUAAU